UAAUUUCUGCAUCACAGAAGUCGCUCGCUCUCUCUUGGCCCAUCCAUCCACAUCCAUCCAUGGCGGCGAUAGGCGGCCACCCUUACUCUCCAAGUGACCUGGAGCUCCCCGGUUUCGUGCCGCAGCAGCUUUCACCCCUCCAACUCGUGGUGCCCCUCAUAGGCACCUCCCUCUUGCUCAUCGCAGUGGUCUGGCUUGUCUCCGGCCAUGUCCUCAAUACUGGAAGAUCCGGCAGAUUAUCCAAGGCCGACCAUUUGCUCAUGUGCUGGUGGGCAAUCACUGGGUUGACCCACCUAAUCAUUUAAGCAUCCUUGCUCUUCACCCCCAAUUACCUUACCAAGGAAAAUCCAAGUUUUUUUGAUGAAAUAUGGAAAGAGUACAGCAAAGCUGACUCCAGAUAUGCCACCGGGAACACCACAACCAUCGCGGUUGAAGUCAUUGCGGUUUUUCUACAAGGCCCUUUAUCACUUCUUGCUGUCUCCCCGCCCUGUGAAAAUUGCCACGCUCGACUACUACAAACCUGCCACCAGGUUUCACACCGUCGAGCUUUUCCCCGUCCGUCGAUCCGGAAGCAAGGCCGUGCUCCUCGCUGCGAAAUUUCUUCUAGGGAUUUCAUCCUUUCUCGAUGGUGAACCGCUCAGACGGUGCUCUGGCUUCUGGGUCGAUUGGGAUGAGGAGAAGAAAACUGGCCUUGUUUUGACAACUGCGCGGCUGAUUCGCACAAAGGAUGCUCCUUACAGUGUCUGGUCAGGCGGUGAAGAGUAUGCUACAGAUGCUGAUGUCACUGUUCAUUUGCUAAAUGGCACCAGUGCAAAGGGCCAGCUGGUCUAUCUCCAGCCCCACUACGAGCUCGCUUUCCUGAGCGUUCAGGUGGAUCAACCAAUCAACUUGCCAUCUUUGAAUGAAAAAGAUGUAGAAUUUGCUCAAGAGGUUUUUCGGCUCGGAAGAGACAAUUCCUUAAAUCUAAGGAUAACAUAUGCCAGGGCAGAAUAUUUGAAUCCAACCAUGUUUGAGCGGCACCACAAUGUAUACUUCCGUUCUCCAGAUGGCCAUGGUGAUGAUAAUGAGUUUGACUAUGGGGGGCCAGUUAUUGACCUGUGUGGAGAAGUUGUCGGAAUGGUCAACGACCCUAAGAGAUUUGGGUCUUUUAUACCUUCUUCCAUUUUGCUCAAUUGUUUGGAUUCAUCGAAGAAAUAUCAGCACAUCGCCAGGCCUCAUCUUGGAUUGAUGUUUAAGGACAUCAAACUUCUAGAACCUGCUCAUGUUGACAUGUUAUGGCGUAAGUUUAACAUUGAUGAUGGUCUUAUUGUUGAAGAGGUGUCGGGAGGAUCUCCUGUUGAGAAAUUUGGAAUCCAAAAAGGUGAUAUUAUUGAAUCUUUCAGUGGAAAGCCUGUUUCUUCCACAAUUGAGCUGGAAAAUACACUGAUGAGCAUAUACAAGGGAACCUUAGAUGCUGAAGUUCUUAUUUCUGUUGGGGUGUUUCACACACUCAAAGAACAACGGAGCACUGUAGACUUGACUGCAAAAUUAUCAGAACUUGGAGAGGUUAUUACAAGAUGUACACAUCUCCUCUUUUAACUUGCCCCAUCUACAGAUUAUUAUUUCAAAUCCAGACAUAAUGCUAUCGCUAAGUAUGCAAGCUCAUGUGCAUUGUGCAAUACAC